AUUGUGAGCGAGAUUUUCCUAACGAGCGUGCAAUUGCUGCUUUCUCUCUAAUGCGCUUUCUCCCCGCAAAUCAUACACAAACACGAGUCAAACGAAAAUAGAACGGAAAAAUACGAAUAAAGACGGAAGUGGCAACGCGCAUUGCAUAAAUAUUAGUUCGCGUGGGCGCACUAGACAAAACAUUGACUUUCCGCCGUUUUCCCGUAGCUUUUCUUCUGUUCCUAUUUUCUGAUUAAAUAACCAGGCAGUGCCAAGUGCAGUUGUCGCCUGAAAUUAGCUUAAAAUGUUUUCACUUUCUCGCCACGCACUGCGGCGCACUCGAAUAUUCGCCAUUAACCGCUACUUUUCAGAUUCACGUCAAGACAGCGACAACCCGGCGAAGAGAUAUUCCGGCAAAACAGCAAUGGAUAACAAGAGCGAGAAGGUUACGGUGAACAAGGAGGAGCUGCGCAAGCGCCUGACCCCGAUGCAGUAUCAGGUUACCCAGGAGGCGGGAACCGAACGCCCCUUCACAGGUUGCUACAACAAGCACUACGAGAAGGGCGUGUACCAGUGCAUCGUGUGUCACCAGGAUCUGUUCAGCUCGGACACCAAGUACGACUCGGGAUGCGGAUGGCCGGCCUUCAACGACGUUCUCGACAAGGGCAAGGUCACCCUGCAUCGCGACGCCAGCAUACCAGGCAUGGUGCGCACCGAGGUGCGAUGCUCCCGAUGCUCCGCCCACAUGGGCCACGUCUUCGACGACGGACCGCCGCCCAAACAUCGCCGCUUCUGCAUCAACUCCGCGUCCAUCGACUUUGUGAAAAGUGCGGAUCCCCCAACGGCCUCUUCUAAGAAAUAAUAACCGAUCUGCCUGCGAAACACGAGGAUUAUUACACCAUGAGGAGCCCAAAAUAGGCCUGAAAUACUUCUCAACGAGUCUCUAAAGAGCUUCACGCCUAAACAAAAAGAUAUUUAGCUAUUUUAUAGGAGUUUAUUAUGCAAAAAUGUUUUUCGGAAAUCCUUAAGCUUGUACAAGAACGAUGCUUGGAAAUGUAUUAUGGAACGAGGAGUGAGAGAUUAGUGUCGUAGAUCAGUCCAAGAUCCCAUUUAUCUACCUGUUCUUUUAUUUUCCUCUAAUUAUACUCAGUUUCGGUUUCAAAUCUCUAUACUAUCGGAAUAUGUAAUAAUUAGAAUAUUUAUUUAAGUUUUGUAAAAGGAAUCUUCUAUCAAGUGCUUUGGUUCUGAAGUUUUGUUGGAUCUACUUCUCGAAAUACCUGAUUUUUUACACUCCCAUCGUAAUACUAGGAUUUAUUGUACUUUAAAUAUUAACAUACUUCGUAGGAGUUAACCUGUUUAACAAGGUAUUAUAUGUGCGCAAGUUUACAAGGA